AUAGCUGAUAUUCAACAUCACCUUGGUGAAUUAUCUGCUACCAACAAGUUCCUUGAGGACAAAAUCAUGGAAUACAAAGACAAAGAAGAAACCCUAUCCAAGGUAAAACAACAAAAAGCAGACUUGCGUUGCGAACUGUUGGAACUGCGCCGCGAUUACAUUAAGCAAAAGGAAAAACUGGAAAAGCUCGAAUCCAAUAAGAGCAGUAAAGCAGAAAUGGCGAAAUUACAUUCUGAAAUUGAAUCUUGCCGUGGUAAGGAGGAGAAACUCAUAAAGGAGAAUGCACGGUUGAACACAGAGUUGCGGAAAGCCGAGGAAAAGCUUCAGCAGUUAGGAGAGGAUGUAAUUGAGAUCUAUACGGAACAAAGCUGGAGAAGCAGUAAUCGAGCAGAAAAUCAACCAGGAGCUUCGUGA